ACGCAGCGUUCUUGGGGUUCACGUCUCGUCUCGCAAGCGGAAGCAAAACAAACCAUCCGGGACUUCUGUUUAACUGGAAUGUGUGGUUAAACUGCUGUUUAUGACGGACGAAACGGCAGUCCGACAACAUAAAAGCUGCAGAGUCCCACCGGAGACGUAGCCAUGGUCUCUACAGUCCAGAACACCGACGUAAAGCAGAAAGACGCCGGUCAGGCGCUGGUCGUGGCCUUGGCGUCUCACGCUGUGUUUGAACCAGCGGCUGAAGACCGUGAUGGAGUGUACCGACCGGGCGUGGCGUUCCCUCUGCUGCAGGCCCUGCAGACGGUGAACCGGCAGCUGCUGCAGGAGAACCCGGAGGAGACGCUGCUGUUCGACAUGGUUCUGAUCAGCACCGACAGCCCCCAGCAGCAGAGCCAGGAGAACAUCAGGAACAGCACCAGACACCACGGUCUGGAGGUGGGCCGGUUCUGCUUCGCGGGUCAGGAGGACUUCGUCGGUUCUCUUCUGGAACAUGGCGUCGGUCUCUUUCUGUCCACCGACCGGAGCGAGGUGUCGGCAGCGUCGCAGAAAGGCGUGUUCUCGGCGCUGCUGGACGAGAACGCCGCCUCGGCGCCGUCGGAGCAGCUCCGGGUUCUGCUCUGUGGAGACGGCACGGUGACGCCCUCCAGUGGACAGACUGCUCCGCUCUUCCUGUCUCGUCUCGGGGAGCUGCGCCGGCGCUUCGACCUGCUCCACAGCCCCGUCCUCAUCGGCGUGCUGACGGCCAGCGGCGGCAUUAGCUGCUGCGCCGCUGCCCUGCGGGCGCUGCGGGCCUAUGGGCUGGAGGCCGACCAGGCGCACUGCCUUGGGGGGGCCCCCGGGGGCCCCGUGCUGGCCGUGCUGCGGCCGCACCUCCUGCUGAGCCACGCCCUCCAGGACUGAGACCCCGUUUCCACCACAACCUCUGCAGGUCUCAUGGCGUUUUGAGCGUCUUUUUACACCACAGCGGGACUUGGAGCCGCCGGAAUGAGUGGAGGGGGGAGGGGUGGGGGGGUGGGGGGGCUUUCCUGAAACCUUGCUGCUCCGGAUCAUGCCUUAAAGUCAUAACAGUUUUCAUAAAUUAGAUUUUUUUUUUCCUGAAAGUUCCCAGAUUUAAAUGAGUAAUAAGAAAAAACUGGACUCUUGGUUUUCUGUUAUUUGUCCUUGUAAUGUUGGAACGUGACCAGCAGGGGUCAGCAGAGUGAUUCAAACUGUAGACAGGCUAAGAAAAGCUAAAGCAGCAAGAGAAGGUCUUCCCUGGUCUGAUGCUGAGGUUUUCCUCCCUGCAGCGGGUCUGACCUCCCCUCCUCCCUCAUAAUGAACCUGUCCGUUUCUCCGCUGCUCACAUAAUGAGUUUCCUCCCGUCGAGGCUUCCUGACAUCAGACGUCACGUUAAACGACGCCGAGAGGCGCCGCGCUUCCGACAGCCUCGUAUCAAACACUCUGGAUUCUUUGUUUUAAUUAAUCUGAGUGAUCCGUGGAGCUGGCCGCCGGCUUCCUCUUCAGACGCAAACUCAGCGGCUAGUUCAGAAAAGCAGGAGUCUGAGGAUGUUCCAUUCAGAACAAAUGACACGACGACCCAAAAAUAAAGCAUGCAGAUUCAGAAAUCUCGUUUCUGAGAUGAAGUCACUGAGAUUUCAUCGUAUUUCCACUGAAAUUUCAUUUAGUUCCAACAGUUUUCACAGUUCUUUACUCUUUUAUUUGUUCCAGAAUUAAACGUCCAGGUGUUUCGA